ACCUAGUCGACGCCACACUCGAAAUAAACAUCUAUCGGCGUCCAAAAUGAUCCCUUCAGAGAUCAAGGCCGCUGCUUGGGCCUUUCUGUUAGACACGCUGCUUCGCUUUUUCAGCAUACGUGUCGCGCAGAGUUUGCCCGCCCUGCCAUAUCUCCCACCUCAUCUACUCCUCGGACCUAGCUAUGCACAUUCACACUCGAGAAAUGUCAUUCCCGAGGAUUUGGUUCCCUUUCAGCCAUCAUCAACAGCUACAUCUUUACCUAUUAUCUCACACGAUCCACCUACCAUAACAUCAACACCACUAUCUCCAAUCCUAGUUCUCGACCCAUUGGCAGAACCUAGCGACACCUUUUGGUUUCACAGUCCACCCCCAGGCGCACCACACCCAUCGCAGAAGCGCAUGCACAACGUGAUAUUCCCUUCCUGGGUGCGCCCGCAGGCGCCCGCGCCUGGCGAGAAGCAGGACAAAGCAAUCGCCCCCUUCUCCCCGCGGAUCAUCACCUUCUGCCCUGUGCUGCUUCUAGUCCGGUACGCGCUCACGUUGAGUACAGCAUACCUCAUGCUAUCUGUAAGCCUCAUACCCCUGAAGAUGCUUGUUUGGAGCCUCGAACUGACAUACAUUGGUGGUGUUUUCUGCACAGGUUCUCGCGAUGCUCGUCGCUGCACCAUUAGAACAGUCUUCGGAGGCUGUGAUUUGUGAUGUACUGCUGGUCAACCUUGGUGUAGUGAGCCCUAUGAGAGGGAUGCUGCCCUCCGUAGGUCGUGGCCUAUUAUCAAAAAAGCAGCAACCUCUGCGUUCGGUUACUGUCUUUGCACUGGUACAAGCGCGAUAGCGUGCCUCCGCAAGGUUGCGCACUUGAC